AUGAACCGGUACCUCCCAGUAGCCCGGCAGCAUUUUCUGGCUGUGCUGGCCAGCACCAGUGUGGUGGUGAAGUCCAUCUGUGCCACUGUCAUCCUGCUCUACCUUCUAUCCUUUGCUGUGGACACGGUGUUCGGGCUUGGCGUGACUCCUGGUUACCUCUUUCCACCCAACUUUUGGAUCUGGACGUUGGCCACACACAGUGUGGUGGAGAAGCAUGUCUGGGACGUUGGCGUGAGCCUGGCCACAGUAGUGCUGGCUGGCAGGCUGCUGGAGCCCCUGUGGGGAGCACUGGAGCUCCUGAUCUUCUUUGCAGUGGUGAAUAUCUCAGUUGGGCUUCUGGGAGCCUUUGCCUACUUUCUCACCUAUGUGGGGUCAUUCAAUCUCUUGUACCUGUUUACCGUUCGCAUUCACGGCAUGCUGGGCUUCCUCGGUGGGGUCUUGGUGGCCCUCAAGCAGACCAUGGGCGACAGCACUGUCCUGAAGGUGCCCCAGGUGCGGAUGAAAGUGGUCCCUAUGCUCUUACUCCUUAUCCUGGCUGUUCUGAGGCUGACCACCCUAAUUGAAAGCAACCUAUUGGCCUCUUAUGGCUUUGGGGUCCUCUCCAGCUGGAUCUAUCUUCGUUUCUACCAGCGGCACAGUAGGGGACGUGGAGACAUGUCAGACCACUUUGCCUUUGCCACGUUCUUCCCCGAGAUCCUGCAGCCCGUGAUUGGUUUGGUGGCCAACUUGGUGCAUGGCAUCUUGGUGAAGGUAAAAGUUUGCCGGAAAACAGUGAAGCGUUACGAUGUGGGUGCUCCUUCGUCCAUCACCAUCAGCCUGCCUGGAACAGACCCGCAGGAUGCUGAGAGGAGAAGACAACUCGCCCUGAAGGCGCUGAAUGAGCGGUUGAAACGCGUGGAGGACCAGUCAGCAUGGCCCAGCAUGGAGGACGAUGAGGAUGAGGGAGGUCCCAAGGCGGACAGCCCGCUGCUCCCUGAGAAGAGCCAAAGCAGCCGGGAUGCCAAUGCUGCAGGGAAAGGAGCCAGCCAGGAGUCCAGCCUCAUCACCUUUGAGGAUGCUCCCCCUCAGCUGUGACCUGUGAACAUACUGCCUCCCCUGUCAGAGUGAUCCCUCCUAUCUUCUCACAGUCCUGUCUGCUCCCCAGUAAUGCUGUCUGCAGGGAGCAAGGGGACACCUCCAGCAACCUCAAGGGGAGAGGGCUACCUCAUUCCAGCAUUUAAUAGCCACAGUUGGCUGAUGCCGUGUUUCUAGACUGUCUCUGGGUGGUAACCGUUAGCCAGUGCUGGCUCCUUGGAAGGGCUCUCUCUCCUGCUGGGGCUCUGGUUCUCAUUCGCUUUCUUCAGUGGUGAUGUGAGGUUCCUCAAAGACACUAAGCAGGGCUGGGCACCAACCACCAAGGGGGGUGGACUCACGUGUGUCUCUUCAGCACAGGACAUGGACUGGUCUGUCCAGAGAGGCCUUACGCUGGCCGCCUCUGCCAGUAGCCACCACUGGGGCUAACUGACUGUAUACGCCUCAGUGGUGGCCAUGGCACUGUCUGGGCGGAGGCACUGGACUCAUCCGGCCUCAGGAUUUGCCCUGUGCAUGGUUGGUCAGGUCCCAAUUUUGAAGCCUGUGUGCUAGACCACUAGAUGACCCUCACAGCAUCCCAGAGGGCAAACUCAGCAAGUGAUACAGCACUUUCUCUCUCUUACUUUUGUGGUGGUGGUUGUUAAAAAGUACCCUGCAGCUUCCUUUUUCCCUUUCAAAGUUAGUUUUGUUACUGAUCUGAGGAGUGGGAAGUUUUUCUUAAUCCCUUUGCUGUAUUAACCCUUUCCCCUCUGGCCCCAUUAUCUGGCAAGAACUGACUACAAUAAAUUCCUGAGUUGAGAAUUUGCCAUGAUCAUUAGAUAAGCCUGUUUAGCUACAAAGUAAUUGCUUAAUACCACCCCCUUGCUGCAGCUGCCUACCUUGAAUUAUUGACUGGAAAGCCUGGGACCACAGAGCUUUGAGACUAGUCCAUGGACAUACAUCAACCCUAGUCUUUCUGUGGGUGUCCUAGAGGGGUUUAAUUUUAUUUGUGUUAUUGCUACUUUGGUUUUUCUCCAAUUUCUUUCGCGGUGAUUUAAAUUGUAACACAGCCUCUGAACUGGGUGGGACCUGUGCGUUCACUGCUGCUUGGAUGAAUCAUCUGUGCAUUGAUUCUUUGUCAGAUGGCAAAUCUGUUUUAUAGUGGGGCUCUUGACAAUUCUUCCAACACCUGCUUUUUCCCCUCCCUUUGAUUAAAAUAUUGGUUUCCCCUCUCCUUUUCCCCUCCUCUGUGCUGAUGGGAUUUUUUGGAGAGGGGUUGGGGGGGCUUAUCUGGAAAAGCUUUCUUUGAGAACCAGCCCCCCCCAAGACCAUACCACUCCAGCUUGUAUACUUCCCUGGGAGGCAGCUACCAAAUUGAGGAGUGUGCAUGUGUGAUUUUUUUUUUUAAAGGACCACACAAGAAGGUUUUGUCAACCGAGAAAUAAACAUACGGGAAUUUCAGUAUCAAUAAACAAUUAUUUCAAA